AUGGAGUGCGCGUCCCCGCCACCCCGCGUCGCCAUUUUGAUUCGAAAAAAUAUGACUGAGUUUUUCCUGCUUUGCAUGCUAAACUUAGCUCCGCGUUUGAAUUUCGUCCGAAUCAAACGCGCUUCUUGCGAACGAACAGACAACGGGGCCAUCGAUGCCCGACAAGCCGUCCGGGGUCCGGUAACUGCUUCUCGGGGGGGAUUUUAAAGCCACGUUUUGGACUUAACGUCGGGGGCUAACUUGAAGCUAACAGACAGGCAGCCUCCUGUGCUGAUUGUCGCAGGCAGCAGGCUGACGAGCGUGUUCUUCAAAACAAAUCACCAGACAUACAAGGCUCAUGCAUUGAAGCGAACGCGGCUAAUUGUUAGCUGGGGGGGGGGGGGGGAGCUAGUGACCAAGGACUGGGGGAAGGAAACAAACAAACAAAACAAAACAAAAAAAAAAACUCCCGUAACGUUCUAACGCAGAAAAAAAGAAGAAACACGAAGGGGAUAUUCUAUCAAAGUUACAAGACGCAAGGGCAUUAUCAAAUAUCGGUACGUGGUAUCAGCGAGUACUCAAAUGGUUUUGGUGAGCCUUCCAGUGUCCCAUCUCCAAAAGAGGCCUGCGUUUUAAAGGGAGACCCAUGCUGAUAAAUGCCAGGCCUCGGCACGCUUUCUGUCUUCUGCACGAACACAAAUGCCUGCCUGCCCGCGGGGGAGGUCUGAUUAAAGAUAUCCACAUUUCAUUCACUGGGCUGCGUACCCCACCCCGGCGGCCAUCAUGUUUUGGAAGUUCGACCUGCACACCACCUCCCACAUCGACCAGCUGCUGGACCGGGAGGACGUGACGCUGCGCGAGCUGAUGGAGGAGGACGACGUGCUGCAAGAGUGCAAGGCGCAGAACCGCCGCCUGCUGCUCUUCCUCUCCCAGGACCACUGCAUGCAGGAGCUGGUGGGCCUCAUCACCACAGAACCACCCGCAGACCUGGAGGAGAGGAGCCGCUUUAAGCUUCCCAACGUCGCGUGCGAGCUCCUGACCUCGGAUGUGUCCCUCAUAAACGAUAAGCUGGGCGGAGAAGAGUCUCUCCUGGAGGUGCUGUACCACUUCCUGGACCAGGACCCGCCCCUCAACCCGCUGCUCGCCAGCUUCUUCAGCAAAACCAUCGGCAAUCUGAUCGCCAGGAAAACGGAAGAGGUGAUCACCUUUCUCAAGAAGAAGGAAGGCUUCAUCGGUCUGGUGCUGAAACACAUAGAUGCGUCCGCUAUGAUGGACUUGCUCCUUCGCCUCAUCAGUUGUGUGGAGCCUGCCCCCUUGAGGCAGGAGGUCCUCCACUGGCUGAAUGAGGAGAAGCUGGUACAAAGACUCAUAGAGCUUAUCCAUACCGGUAAAGACGAGGAGAGACAAUCAAACGCAUCCCAAACACUUUGUGACAUUAUUCGCCUUAGCCGAGACCAGGCCAAUCAGAUGCAGGAGAACACGGAGGCCGACCCGCUAUUGGCCGCGCUGGAGUCACAAGAAACUGUAGCGGGACUCCUCAAGAACAUGUUCGAGGGCGAAAGGAACGAGGCUUCCAUCGUAAACGGAACUCAAGUGCUACUUACCUUACUGGAGACCAGGAGGUCCGGGUUGGAAGGGCUGAUGGAUCUGUAUUCUCAGGGUUAUGAAAGGUCUUACACUGUCAACAGCAGUAUUUUAAAUGCCAUUGAGCCCCAUUUAAAGGAUUUCCAGCAGCUUCUUCUGGAUCCCCCAAAGAAAGGUGCAAUACUGACCACCGUCGGCGUUCUAGAUCAGCCACUGGGGAACGCUCGCCUUCACGUGGCCCGACUGGUGGCUGCCCUCCUGCAGACCACUUCCCCCAGCAUCUGCCAGGAGCUCUGCGACCUCGGCACCGUCGACCUACUACUGGAUCUGUUCUUCAAAUACUCGUGGAAUAACUUUUUGCACUUCCAAGUGGAGCUCUGCGUGGCGGCCAUCCUGAACCAUCCCUCCUCUGAGGAGCGGCCCAACCCGGGCCUACAGAACCACGACGGGCAGCGGGCGAGCCCGACCGUCGAAACUCACGCCGAGGCGACGGAGUCGGGCGGGACAGAGGACCCGCAGACCUCCCUCCACAAUACCCUCGUGGCACACCUUUUCCAGAAGUGUCGAUUGGUACAAAAGAUCCUCGAUGCCUGGGAAGAGAAUGAUAAAAUACAGGCUGAGGGUGGCACCAGGAGAGGCAACAUGGGUCAUCUGACCAGAAUUUCCAACACGGUGGUCCAGAACCUGGAGAAGGGACCCGUACAGGCCCAGAUCGCUGACCUCAUCAAAGAGCUGCCUGAGGACUGCAGAGGUCGCUGGGAGAGCUUCGUGGACGAGACGCUGAGAGAAACGAACAGAAGGAACACUGUAGAACUGGUGAGCACGCACAACAUGCACUCGUCCAGCGAGGACGACGACAUGGAGAGCCCCUUCCCCAACGACCUGUCCCUCCAACAGGCUUUCUCUGACUAUCAGAUCCAGCAGAUGACCGCCAACUUCGUGGAUCAGUUCGGGUUCAACGACGAGGAGUUCAGCGAACACGACGAAAACAUCAACGCCACAUUUGACAGAAUCGCAGAAAUCAACUUCAAUUUAGAUUCCGAUGAUAACAGUGCCAAUGCGGCUGCUUUCGAGGCCUGUUGUAAAGAGAGGAUACAACAGUUCGACGAUGCUGACGAGGAAGAGGAUAUUUGGGAAGAGAAGGAGAUAAACUAUGCAACACAAGCGAAAUCCAGAACAAGGUUCGGCGUGUCCCAAACCUCGGAAGGAAGUUCUCGGAGCAGUCUGGAAAACGGCGGACAGGAGCAAGACCGCGGCUCCGAAUCCGACGAGGAGGAAGACUUUGAGCGGAACGCAUCGGACGCAGGUCCAGGCUGGACAGCAAAUUUCAGGGACUCUGACGGGAUCGCGUCAUCCCAGGCCGCGUCAGGGUGGGACGCGCUUCCCGCCGGCGGCGGAAACGAGACCCAGGAAACGGGCUGGGCCCAUUUCACGGCAUUCCAGCCUUUCUCGAGUACAGAGACCGAGCCCAGGUGCAGCUCCCCCGUGGACGCCGGAGGCAGCGACGCAGAUAAAGAAGCCAAACAAAACCACGAGAAGAGCGACGCCGGCUCCUCUCCCCACGCGGGGCCUUCGGGGGAUGCGACAAAGGCUCCUCCCGCCGCCUCGGACGGCGGCUCGCCCGGAGGGUCCGACGGCGAGGAAGCGGUCCCCGCCGCGACUAUCGUCUCAAAACCGGUCGCCCUCUCGAGUGAGGAGAGUCCCGUGUCCCUGGAGAAACUCUCUCUGUCAGAUCCUCCCGAAGCCUCUGAGCAGAAGCAGCCUCCUGAGGAAUUGCCCGUAACCCCACAGACUGACAGGAAAGACGAGACGCCACCGCCCCAAGAAGUGGCCGUCAACGGGCCGGUGCGAGCGCACGCGUCGGCGGGGGAUCUUAACAACGAACUGUAAGCCUCCUCCCAGAGUGACUCCUUUGAAAGUAAACCUCAGUGCAACUCCAGUGUUUUGACCGAAUCACUCUGCCACGUUAUCGGACCCGGACACUGCCAAUCGACACCACUAACGAGGCGGCGGAACAUGUACAAAAAGAAAUUAUAUAUAUGAAUAUAUAUAUAUAUAUAUAACAGAAAAAGGACAAAAACACAGAACAGCGUGUAGAUCUUCAAAGCCUUUUUUUCCCCCCUCCCGUGUUGCACAUAAAAAUGUGCGGUUUUAAUGUAGCAGCAAUCUUUGAGGGGGCGGGGGUUAACAACAACAUCAUCAUUUUUUUAUGUCCGAAACUAUUUCUCUCUUAUUGGUAGAACGUGACAGUUAGGCUUUUACAUUGUCGCAACAUGUCGGGAUAGCACAGGAUACUAUUUUGUCUUUGUUUUAAAUGCGCCUCAAUAACAAUAAGCGGUUUAUUUGUUUUUGUUCUUGACAAAGCACUUGUUCAGCCAUUUCCUGCCUGUUGUAGCACAAUAUCAGUGUUUAGUCACCUUUUGCAGGCUGUAUGUUUCCACUCACUAGCAUCUUGGUUUCACUCUCUUGGAGUUUCUUAAUUUUCUUUUAUUGUUGUUGUUUUUUUGGGGGGGGGGGGUAGUGGUUCGGUUGCCGUUAAAAGGUCCUUCUUCACCGGGUGUCUGAGUGCGUCACGAAGGAUGAGGGUCAACGAACAGAACUGUAUUAUUAGUAUUAUUGUCUUUAGCUCAUUCAUGUGCAAUAACGUCAAUUAGUCAUUUUCUUAAUUUAAAUUGAACCUAUUUUAAAAGAAGUCAAGCUCGCAGUUGUUUGUGGUGUUGCUUGAAUUGAAAUUGUUUUCAUGUUUUAUUUUUUAUUUUAAUUUUUUCAAUUGAGCGCAUGUGUAAGCGAGCUCGCUAGUGAGCUCAGACCUCGUGAUUGUAUCGAUCUUAACCUCCUCCCCCGUUUAUUUUUUCAAUCAGACAAAUGUUAUCUACCUAAUAUCCAAUUGCUAAUCUACAUUUACAGGUCAUUUUACAAGCAAUCUGAAAUGCUGUGCUAGUCUGUUUCUAUCUCGCUCGCUCUCCACUAAGCACACAGGAUAUAAGUGGCAUCUGGAAGGAGUGACGCUGUAUUUUUGUUUUCUUUUCAGAGAUGAAUUUUAUUUGAUCUCUUGGCUGCAGGAUCGAGGGGGAGGGGGGGGGGGGAACGAGGGCAGGGUUUGAGCAGUGGUCCGGGCCUCUUGGUGUACUUAAUUAAAAAUUACUUGACAGCGAUCAGGUUCUAUGAUUCAUUGUUCAAACAAAUUAAAAGUGUCUGGUUGACCACGUUAAUACCAAAGCGAUGGACGUGUCCGUCUCGUUAUUUGGAUGGUUAAAAGUACAUUCGGCAGAAGGAAGCGACCGCUGGGUUUCGUGUCAACGGUAGGUUGCAACUGAGUGACUGGAAGAGUCACAGAAAUGCACAGAAGUUGUCCUUUGAGAAAAAAAACCGAAACUUGAGUAAGAGUAAUAGAAAAGGAAGGAAUGUGUAGAUUUUGUACAGUACAGUAGUUAAGUAGAAUGGGAGUGUAAAGUCUGUUUUUAGCUGUAUUGUUCUCCAAGUGUCUUAUAAUGUACAUAUACUCUUAUUUCAAUUGUUAGUGAUUUUUGUAAUUGUGAAAGCAAGGAGUUAAAGAUUAGGCGAAAAUUAGGAUAGGCAAGUUUGGCGCAGGGUUUGUUGGAACCAGCGAGUCACAACCCGGAUUCGGAUGAACUGCGGAGGUUCCGCAAGACGCAAAUCGCGCGGGCGUGCGUAAUAGCCUUUUUCCGCAGCAUUUGGAAUGCCCGGAACGAGCCGUCGAAACCCCGACGUGACGGCAAAGUGUCCGUACGUCUCCUCGCUGCGCUCCUGGCGUUGAUUUUAUUUGAACAACAUUCAAUAUACGCUCGAGUUGAGCGGCGUCGACGUGCCGCCAGACGCCGCAUCUAACGGGCGAGAGAGUUCGGCGGAGUGAUUUGAGUGUAAACGGCAAUGCAGUUGUGAUCCAAAUUAUAAGAACAUUUUUUUGUGGAAAAAUGUCAAGAAUUGGCAUUUUGCACUGUUUUAUCUUAAAAAGGUGGUAGGUAGAGCUUUAGAAUGAAAUAGGAUGUUCAUCAGCCGAUGAAACGUUUAAGACUAUAGCACAAAAAACCCUAAAUAGAAGUUAAACUAAUAAUAAUAAUUUUAAAAAAGCAGUCAAAAAUGAGUAGGUCCACCAUUUUUGUGAUGAAAUUUGUUUCGGCAUGCACAACGCUGGUGUUUCCAGGAGGUUUACGGGAACGUUGCUGGAAGCGGUGAAAGAUGACUUCACCAAGGGUAUCCAACUGCGUGGAACAGAUUUUUGAAUUAGUUUUUUGUUGUUAAUUGUUCUCUCACAGAUGCAGUCUGUCUUUUGGGGGGGGGUCUAGCACUUUUUAGUUGUGAAACCCUCAGGAUCUUUGAAGGAAUUGAAAAUGUCUGUCUUACUGUGUUGCGAGAGGCCUUGCUUACGUAGCUCUACAAUCCAAAACGUUGAAAAACAAAAAGCUUUUUUGCUUUUGUCAUCAGGAGGUCAUGCCAAAAUGCAAUUUUUUGGGGGGCUUUUUAAUGGCUGUGGUCUUAAGCUUUGAAUGAGUUGAUACGCAGCCUAUUGUUGUUUGCAAUAAAUGGCUUAAAUGUAUUUUGUCAUUUGUUUUUGCAACUCAACUAAGACGCUUUUUAAGAUAAAAGAGUGCAAAAUGCUAAUUAUUUCAACUGGUCUUAAAAUUUGGAUCAGUAGUCUACAAAGACACGAACAAACGUAGUCGAUACGCCAGCGCGCUGCGACAGCCCGGCUAAACGACACGCCUACGUAGCGACUCAGUCGGCGGGGGCGACGUUCCCGUCAAAGGCAAUGCAUGUGGAUUUCAAAGAAAUCAUGUGAUUGUUUGGCAACCUAUUUUCACAAGUUGCCUUUUUUUGUUUACGGUCAAAUGCACCAAAUUUGGAGAGGAAAAAAAAGAGCUCCAUUUAAGGAUUGGAGAAAUAACAGACAAGGAAUAGACUUUGUUGUGAAAAUGAUGAGUGGCACUUACCGAGGUGAAAAGUUCCCAUUUAUUGACAUAGAAUUUGUAUGGAAUUUAGUAAUAUUUUUGUGUGAAAUGGGUUGUUUAGUUGAGUUUUUUCAACAGUGUUGCGCGCAAGCGAUGCGGUUGAUUUUGUGCGCAAAUAAAUAUCCGCAAAGGUCGAAUCACGGCAACCGGAUUGUUCCUUUGUGGAACAAGUUGCCGAGCCCCAGUUGCCUCGAUUGAACUUUUGCGGAUGACUUGAAUGACUGAGAAUCUGCACAAAGUUUCUAGUAGUACUUGUUUGAAAUCUGAAAUAAAGUUUUUUUGAAUUUUGA